GGUGCUUUUAGGGGGGCUCCAAGGCCUCGCGGCACAUUCCGUCUGUAAAGUGUUUGGUUUUUCCUGAGGAGGUGACGCUGACUGGAAUGCGCGGCCGCCUGCUUCCCGUUAAACGUCCCCGGCUAACGGCGGCAAUCAGGAGGAGGAAACGUGAGGCGAGGAAGCCUGUCUUCAAUUAAAGGGGGAGGAAGGAGGGAGGGCGGCCAUGUUUGCGUCCCACUGUCACGCGUUUUCAGACUUUUGUCCCGUUGGCGGCGUGUCUGUCCAGGGAUUCGUGGUCAUGGGUGUUGGACACGGAGGGUGAGAGAGGAAGGAGAGGAGUGACAUAAGGAGCAAUCCAAGCGGGACGCCAUGUGGACGACGACGACUGUCCUCCUCCUGAUGCUGGGCCCGCAUCUGCCGUCCUCCGCUGACUCGGCAAAGACCCUCAACCAAUCAGAGGUCAAGGAAGACUUCCCCGACGCACCUGCUGACGCUGGAGGGGUCAAAGGUCGUGACACCUGCUCCAUCCCCUGUGACAUCACCAUCCGGCUGCUGCGGGAUGAGAAACAGUCAAUCUGUGGCCAGCUGCAGCAGUCGUUGUUGGCGUUCGGCCGCAGCAGCAGGAAGUUGAUGCGUGACGUGAUGGAAGAACAGCAGCGAGCUCUGGACGUCCUCACCAGUCAGGUGUCCGAGGUGAUGAACAAAGUGCAGGCGCUCAGCGCGGAGGUGCAGCGGAGCAACGCCGACAUGUUCGCCGCCAAACCUCCUCUAUCGCACGGGCGAGACUGCAGCGACAUCAAAGACAGUCUGAUGUCCCUGGUCCCCAAGAUCCCCAGCGGGAUUUACAUCGUCAGCCCGGACCACUCGGACUCGUCCUUCGAGGUCUUCUGCGAGAUGGACUACAUGGGCGGGGGCUGGACGGUGAUGCAGCGCAGGACCGAAGGCCUGAUGGACUUCAAGCGACCCUGGGCGGCCCACGUGGACGGCUUUGGACACCUUGCAGGUGAGCACUGGUUGGGCCUGAAGAAGGUCUUCGACAUUGUCAACCAGAAGGCGACUCGGUUCCAGCUCCACGUGGCCUUGGUCUCCCACGACGACGUCACCUCCUACGCGGCCUACGACGACUUCCGCCUGGACAACGAAACUCACUUCUACCGCCUCCACCUGGGAAGGUACGCCGGCAGCGCAGGGGACGCCUUCCGCGGCUACGAGCAGGACCAGAACCAAGACACGGCCCCGUUCAGCACCUCGGACGUGGACAACGACGGCUGCGAGCCCUCCUGCUCCAUGGGGGGGCUGACGGUGGAGAGCUGCAGUGCCCGACACCACCACACGGGGUGGUGGUUCAACCGCUGCGGCAUGGCCAACCUCAACGGGGACGCCCGGCAGGACCCGGGGCCUCAGACCGUGGGCGUCCUGUGGGACACCUGGAGACACAACGGUGUGGCCCGACUCAUCAAGUCUGUCACCAUGAAGAUCAGGAGGAUGCCGGACAACAACUAACACAAACUCAUCACAAUUCCAGGAAUUCCAGGAAUUACGUCAUACCAUUUCUCAAUUCAAAAUGUUACUAUUUCAACAUUUCUCCACCAAUUAAAAAUAUUCCAACACCAAUCAUUUCAACUCAUUCACAACAUAUUUGAGCAUUUCCCCCCCAAAUUCCUUCUUUUCCCGAAAUUCCCAAAUUUCUAUGAAUUUCCCAUUGAAAAGAAUGGGACAUUUCUCAAAGUACCACAACUCCCACAUUUUGUAUCCGAUUCAAACUGUUCAAAACUUCAAAAUAUUCAACACGUUCAGGAAUUUUCAACAAUUAUAGACAAAAAAUUCCCGGAUUUUCUAGAAUUCCCAGUUUUUAGGGACAUCUUCCCCAUUCAAAAUGAAUUGUCCAUUUUUCAAACUUCCACAAUCCCACAUUUUUUAACCGAUUCAAACCAUCCUACCUUCAACAUAUUCCACUCAUCCUGCACAUUCAAACUAUCAUUUUUACAAGUUCAAAAAAAUUCCAGGAAUUCCCAGAUUUUCCGGUUUUUCAAACCCUAUUUUCACCCUUUUUUCUGGCGACUAAUCCUUCCACAUUUUUCAAACCACUUCAAUCGUUCCACCGUCAAAACAUUCCUCUUAAUCAGGACUAAAAAACUAAGUUGUUUUUUAACAGGAAAAAUUCCCGGUUUUCCCGAAAUUCCAGGAAUUCCGUAAUACCAUUUCUCAAUUCAAAAUGUUACUAUUUCAACAUUUCUCCACCGAUUAAAAAAAUUCCAACACCAACCAUUUCAACUCAUUCACAACGUAUUUUAGCAUUUCCCCCCCAAAUUCCCUCUUUUCCCGAAAUUCCCAAAUUUCUAUGAAUUUCCCAUUGAAAAGAAUGGGACAUUUCUCAAAGUACCACAACUCCCACAUUUUGUAUCCGAUUCAAACUGUUCAAACUUCAAAAUAUUCAACCCGUUCAGGAAUUUUCAACAAUUAUAGACAAAAAAUUCCCGGAUUUUGUAGAAUUCCCAGUUUUUAGGGACAUCUUCCCCAUUCAAAAUGAAUUGUCCAUUUUUCAAACUUCCACAAUUCCCACAUUUUUUAACCGAUUCAAACCAUUCCACCUUCAACAUAUUCCACUCAUCCUGCACAUUCAAACUAUCAUUUUUACAAGUUCAAAAAAAUUCCAGGAAUUCCCAGAUUUUCCGGUUUUUCAAACCCUAUUUUCACCCUUUUUUCUGGCGACUAAUCCUUCCACAUUUUUCAAACCACUUCAAUCGUUCCACCGUCAAAACAUUCCUCUUAAUCAGGACUAAAAAACUAAGUUGUUUUUUGAACUGGAAAAAUUCCCGGUUUUCCCGAAAUUCCAGGAAUUCCGUAAUACCAUUUUUCAAUUAAAAAUGUUAGUAUUACAACAUUUCUUGACCAAUUUGAAAAACUCCAACACCAACCAUUUCAACUCAUUCAGAACAUAUUUUAGCAUUUUCCCGAAAUUCCCAAAUUUCCAUGAAAUUCCCAUUGAAAAGAAUGGAACAUUUUUCAAAGUACCACAACGUCCACAUUUUUUAUCCGAUUAAAACCAUUCCAACUUCAAAAUAUUCAGCCCGUUCAGGAAUGUUCAACAAUUAUUAAAAACAACCCAGAUUUUCUAGAAUUCCCAGUUUUUAGGGACAAUUUCCCCAUUCAAAAUGAAUUGUCCAUUUUUCAAACUUCCAAAAUUCCCACAUUUUUCAACCGAUUUAAACCAUUCCACCUUCAACAUAUUCCACUCAUCCGGCACAUUCAAACUAUCAUUCUUUUAAGUUAAAAAAAAUUCCAGGAAUUCCCAGAAUUUCUGGUUCUUUUUUACCCUAUUUUCACCCUUUUUUCUGGCGACUAAUCCUACCACAUUUUUCAAACCACUUCAAUCGUUCCACCGUCAAAACAUUUCUCUUAAUCAGUACAAAAAACGAAAUUUCCGGUUUUCCCGGAAAUCCAGGAAUACCAUUUCAUACCAUUUCUCAAUAAAAAAAGUCUUUACUUUAACAUUUCUCGACCGAUUUGAAAAAUUCCAACACCAACCAUUUCAACUCAUUCAGAACAUAUUUGAGCAUUUCCCUCCCAAAAAUGCCCCAUUUUCCCGAAAUGUCCAUGAAAUUCCCAUUGAAAAGAAUGGGACAUUUCUCAAAGUACCACAACGCCCACAUUUUUUAUCCGAUUCAAACCGUCCAAACUUCAAAAUAUUCAGCCCGUUCAGGAGUGUUCAACAAUUAUGGGGGGGAAAAAAAUUCCCGGAUUUCCUAGAAUUCCCCAUUCAAAAUGAAUAGUCCAUUUUUCAAACGUCCCCAAUUCCCACAUUUUUCAACCGAUUCAAACCAUUCCACCUUCAACUCAUCCUGGAAAUUCAAACCACCAUUUUUCCACGUUCCAACAAAUUUCCAGGAAUUCCUGGGUUUUGUCUAACCUUAUUUCCCAGUGCCAUGACUCCUUCAAACUAUUCUGUCAGCAUUUCAGUUGAACUUCAGCACUGGAGCAUUCACACGCUAUUC